AUGGGCAAUUGCGUAGUUAAGAAAAAGGAUGAGGGGGAUGAUUCUGAUCACAACGUUGAGUUCGCCGGUGGAAAGGUCCACCUCAUCACAACAAAAGAAAGUUGGGAACAGAAACUGGCAGAAGCACAAAAAGAUGGAAAGAUUGUGGUUGCCAAUUUUAGUGCUACAUGGUGCGGCCCUUGUCGCAUGAUUGCGCCUUUCUAUGUCGAGCUCUCUGAGAAGCACCCUUCCCUAAUGUUUUUGACAGUUGAUGUCGAUGAACUCACUGAAUUUAGUACGUCGUGGGAUAUCAAAGCAACCCCAACCUUCUUCUUCCUCAAAAACGGGCAGCAACUUGACAAACUCGUGGGUGCCAACAAGCCAGAACUGCAGAAGAAGAUGAUUGCCAUUCUGGAUUCAGCAAACACAUGCCCGACUUAG